UUUUCGUGGUGAGAAAUCCGGACAGACAGAACAGAACUUUUCAUGAAUAUUAGGACAUUGAGGCGCUGUGAGGAUCAUCAAAAUGCCGAAAAUGAAAAUUCAAGACAGUAUAAAAUAACUCCGAAAAAUGUCAGGUUAAAUUAUAACAGUCUUCCCUAGGAAUUUCGACAGUUAACUACUAACUGAGCCUCUUGUAGCUUACCUACACUGUCAGCUUACAAAAGUUUGCUGUUUUUUGGGCCACAACCCUAAGUUUUCCUUAGUUGCACAUUCCUUGAUCACGAAUGGCUGACCCUGCCUCAAGGAAAUCAGCAACACUCAACCGGUUACGGUCGCAAUUGCGACGAAAACGGGAAUCUUUCGCGGAGCAAUUUGACUUCAAAAUGUACUUUGCAGUGGUUUUUAAAGAUAAGAAGAAGAAGUCUGCCUUGUUUGAAGUGGCAGAGGUGAUCCCAGUCAUGACUAAUAACUAUGAAGACAGCAUCUUGAAAGGUGUCCAGGAAGAGGUGUAUUCCCUUGAGAGCUCACAACAGCUGUUGGAGAAAGACAUUGUUCAACUUCAUGCUCCAAGAUAUCAGUGUUUAAGAAAAGAUGUCAUUGGAUGUGUGCAGGAAAUUGAUUUCUUUUUGUGGCCUCGCAAUGACAUUGACAGGAUAGUGUGCCUGCUAUUUUCACGAUGGAAAGGGGAAGAACAUUCUGAUUACAGACUCAUUCAGGGCAAGUUUGAAUUUGAAAGCCAUGACUACGAGAAACAGUUGCUACGACUUUUAACCAGAAAGGAGGGCACUGGUUUGAUGCUGAGCAAUCCAUCACAAUCACUGUUUCUCUUUGUUGACAAACAUCAUUUGCAGACUGAAAAGAGUAAAGUUGCAGUCUUCAAGAUGUCAAGUUUUUGUCUUCAUGUACCACAAGAUCAACUGACCCACUGGGGAAGUGAACUUAGAGAUGAUGUCCUGGCACCUUUUAUGCCUGAUUGAGAUUUGUCCUUUUAGCUUUUGUUUUCCCAAUAUUGAGAUGCUACAUUUUUACCGACCUUGUGAUAACAAAUUGUAAGUGGCUUUCACCCCCCUAAACCCUUUGUUCUAUGUACAGCUGUAUUCCCUGCAGUAUCUUUUACUCAGCUUUUGUAUGUUAACCAAGCCGACCUGUAUUUUCCCUUUAAUUAAGCACUUGUGUAUUUGCUUUCAGAGUAGUUUAUGUUGAAGUGAAUAAUAAACUUCUCCUUUAUAAACA